UGAAGGUAUGAAGCCCCGUUCAGUUUGAUCGAUUCUGCUGUUCUAUGUAGGAUGAGUACAUGAAAGCCUCUGUCUUUUUAAGUAAAUAUGUCUAAGCUUGUCUAACUUACCACGAGAUUAUGAGUUAAUAGGUUGCCGACGGUUGAGACGAGUGUGUGGUGUUGGUGGUGAAGCUAAAGUUUAUGACUUACGCAAGCAGAGGCUCGUACUUCCCGCCACCGUCAUUCAUAUUCAUGUUGCGACCUCCACCAUCACAAUCUCACGAUCUUUUUAUCAGAAGGUCUUGACGCCAGUUCAGACAUGGCAACAGGGAUUAGCCACGAUCUUACUACAGAAUCAUCUUCGGAAAAGCUCACACGUAUCGGCACAGGCUGCUGUGGAAGCGUUUGGGCAGAUGCAAACUCAUCAAAGGACGACGGCACCCCCUCCUGCAUCAAAAGAGAAGACGGCGAUCCGCACCGAUCCAUCAUAAAUGAACACUUCAUACAUCAACUUGUUGUUCAGUCUCUUCAACUGAACCCACAACACGCCAGAAACUUCCGAAUACCUCUUUGCCGUGGAUUUCUCAACAAAGAAGACGAGGACUGGUCUCUGGUCCUCCCCCGACUCCCGCCAGGCUCAAAACCUUGUAACGCAUUGCUCAGCGAAAAAGUUCAGCCACUCUCAGAAGACAUUAGAAAGCUGCUGGUCUCCAAAUUCGCAAGAGGAGGAAGUGACCAGGAUGCCAUAAUCAACGACAAAAAGAACGAGCACUGCCUCAUCCGCCCAUAUCUUGGCCGCAGGAAGAAGGAUUGGGGAGACACUAACCGCAGCACUUUCUUCAGCCUGAGGAACUUUCCACUUCAUCUUGAUCGGAUGAUAGAGCUUGGUCUCGAUGUGCAAAGCUACGCGAAGGUCAUCGCGGAAGGCCUCGCAUUUCUCCAUUGGGUCGCUCGCAUUGAUGCCAACGAUGUCGAAUUCGUUCUUGCUCGUUCACGCCCGACUUCACACUCGCACUCACAUAUUCCAUUCGAUAUUACCAUCUUUGGGCCUCACUCAAUGUGGGUUAUAGACUUUGAUUGCUGUGAUCCUAUUACAAUGGACGAAAACGGUGCCGCAACCGCUGCUGAGUGUUUUUGGCGAAAUGAUCCCUACUAUCCUCGACCUGGAUCUGCAGACAACUCUGAUCAGGAGCUUUGGGGUAUUUUUAGAGACCAUUACUUGGAAGUGAGCGAAGAUAUGAUAAAGAAAGAGGAGCAGUCUGUGAAAGGUCUUCCUAGGUUAUUGAUCAGUAUCAUUGAGAAAGGGCCAAAGUCAACCCAAGGGUAAUAAUUAACAACUACAAUCGAAGCAUCAUAAAUUCUUUGUUAUUGUACCCGAGACAUAGUCUUUCUAAUGGUACCCUAAAACUUAUGGGCGGCGGAUAUGGAGUCGCAGGGUAGCCUGUGUAAUCCUCAUGAUCUAGUUGACCAAGAUUACUCUAAGUGUGCAAUAUUUCUAGGCUUCGGCCCUGAUGUCUUUUUGACAGACCAAAUAUUCAAGGCCUUGUCGUACAUCUCAACUUAAAGAGGGUUCAGUGUUGAUGUUGAAACGGGAUUCCGGUGCUGACGGCAGGAUCG